UUCAUUGGCUUUUACACUGUUGGCCCCAAAAUCGGGCCAAUUGCAAGCUCCCUCCGUCAACCAAUCGGACCCAACCAUCCAUCCGAAUCCAAACCAAAACCAAGACCAAAACCAAAACCUCUGUCUUCAGAUCUCCAUUCAUCUUCGAUUUCCACCAUCGAAUGUGAAGACCUCAUUCUCCUGUCUCUCUCUCUCUCCCUCGCCGCCGUUGACCCUGAGAUAUAGGUUUCCAAUCGCCUUUUCUGCUUCUCAAUUCCCAUUUCUGAAAUCUUUAUCCCUUCCGCUUUUCCAGUCCAAGCUUGAAUCAGCCUCCAAAAAAAUCUUCAAUGCUGUAAGUAUCUCGUCCUCUCUCCUACACUUGUAUCUGUGGAUUCGUAUUGAGGGCGCAGGUUGUUCAUAGGAAUGGAAACUAAUUAUUCAGCUCUUCCUAAGGAUUCGUUUGUUGAAUUGCAAGUGCGAGAUGAUAGUUUGGGAUCGGGAAACCCUAGGAAAGACACAUCCACGACAUUGCUGCCUAUUCUCGGCGGCGAUCAAGGUUACGCGAAAGCGAACGAUGUGGAUGAUAAUGAACUUGGCGAUGAUGACAUUGAUUUCGAUGAUCUCCCGCUUAUUUUUGAGGGUAAUAGGCAUGAUUCUGGGAUUUACGGGGCCGUUUUUAAUCUCGCCACGACAAUUAUUGGGGCCGGCAUUAUGGCCCUUCCGGCGACAAUGAAAGUUUUGGGUUUGGUUUUAGGGAUUGUUUUGAUUGUUCUCAUGGGCAUUUUGUCUGAGAUCAGUGUGGAGUUGCUUAUUCGUGUCACGGUUCAAUGUAACGCGUCCUCCUACGGAGAAGUUGUUCAGGCUGCAUUUGGAAGAACUGCUAGGAUCUUAACAGAAAUUUGUAUCAUUGUGAACAAUGCUGGCGUAUUGGUAGUUUAUUUGAUUAUUAUGGGAGAUGUUAUGUCGGGAUCACUCCAUCAUGUUGGGGUUUUUGACCAGUGGUUGGGAAAUGGUGUGUGGGAUCACAGAAAGCUUGUGAUUUUACUUAUUCUGGUGGUUUUUCUUGCACCUCUCUGUGCUUUGGAUAAGAUUGAUUCAUUAAGCGUGACAUCAGCUGCUUCAGUGGCUCUUGCUGUUAUCUUUGUUUUGGUUACUUUCCUUGUUGCGAUGAUCAAGCUUGUUGAGGGCACUAUUGAGGCUCCAAGAAUGACGCCUGACAUUGGGUCAAAGAAGGCGAUUCUGGAUUUGCUUGUGGUGAUUCCAAUCAUGUCCAAUGCUUAUGUGUGUCACUUCAAUGUUCAGCCUAUUUACAAUGAGCUGGAAGGACGAUCACCUCAGAAGAUGAAUCGUGUUGGAAGGAUAACAAGUGUUCUCUGCAUUUUGAUUUACGCCUCAACUGCCGUAUCGGGUUAUCUACUCUUUGGGAAGAACACUGAAGCUGAUGUGCUGACUAACUUUGAUAAAAACCUUGGAAUACAUUUCAGCACGGCUUUAAAUUAUAUUGUCCGUGUUGGCUACAUUUUUCACCUGAUUCUUGUUUUCCCUGUUAUCCAUUUCUCCCUCCGGCAAACAGCAGAUGCAUUGGUGUUUGAGGGAUCACCUCCUCUCUCAGAGAGCAGGAGGAGGUGUUUGACCAUAACGGCAGUACUGUUGGCGCUUGUCUAUAUUGGAUCUACUAUGAUUCCUAAUAUCUGGGCAGCUUUUAAGUUGACCGGGGCAACUUCCGCAGUCACUUUGGGAUUUACAUUGCCAUCACUUCUCGCAUUAAGAUAAACCAGUUGUUGUACUUUCUACCAAAAGGAAAAACUUGCUUGGACAAUUUUUUCCGAGGUAAUAUCAAAACUCCAAUUCAGUGCUGUGAGGUUAGAGGAAAUUUAUUUCGUUCUUUUGGCAUAGUUGCUAACUGGAGUACUGGAAUAAUCAUUCCCUUGCUUGCUUCUUGGCAUUUUGUUUUGAGGUAUUCGUAAUACUUCUGAUUUAGUCAAUGGGUAAACUGACUUUAUCGACAAACCUCGUGUAAAGUUUGAUGGUUUGGUAUUCUAAAAUAGUGUCUCCACUUGUAUAAAUGACAAAUAUUUAUAGACAGAGAUGCUUAUGGGCUCAGGGGGACUCAGGAAUUGAUCCAAACUAAUGUGAUUGUCGGGUUGGUUCCAGUUUUUCUCCAUUAUAACAGAGAUGCUUAUGGGUUCGUGUAGACUCAGGAAUUGAUCUGAGCUAAUGUGAUUGUCAGUUUGGUUCCAGUUUUUCUCCAACCUGGUUUAGUUUCAGUUUUAUGCUUAUGGUUUGCCGGUUUGGUUUUAUUCUUUUUAGGCAAAUCUGUUCAAAGUACGAACGCCUAUUGGAAUGAGAAGGGACAUCCCUUGGAUUGGCAAAAAUGGCAAAAUCCCAAAUAUAGAACUUCAAAGGUCUGAACUUAGAAAUCGUUAGGACAUCAAGGAAGUUUACCUUAUCUUCACAAUGUGAAAUUGCAAGCACUGUAGUCAAAGGAGACAGAGACGCUCACCUACGUGUAACCAAGAAAAAACAACAGAAAAAUGAGAGGUGGUAGGCUUGGAAAGUCAGAAGCAUGUGAGGAGUUACAAAAGAUAUAAUAUGAAGAGAAAAAUGAGAAGGAAAAGAGAGAGAAUAGAGAAAAACAAGCUCAACCUUAGUUUUACUACUGAAGCGAACGCCAUUAGUUUGCUUUGAUUUCUUCAAUAUUUCAUAUUCUUGUAUAGGUGUGAGGGCGACCAGGUGCUUGGAUUUGACGGUGGUGCGUUGAAGAGCUGUUGCCGGAGGUCAGCAACUGCUGUCACACGCCGGGAACACGUGGCGGGUGACAGGAUGUGGUUGAUCCUUCCGGCAACUUCUCUUCACCGGAAGGGUUACUUGUGGCAAGCAAUGACCACCGGCUUUAGUUUCCCUUCGAAUAGGUGGUCUAUUGUGGGUUGUCAUUGAGUGGCAUCAAAGGCUCUAAACUCUUUUUUUGUUAAGACUUGGAUUUCUCGCUUAUUGUUUGUGUUGAUUGUUUGUAUUCUGUG